AUGGCAUCAAUUUCUUCUUCAGCCCUCCCUCACGUAGCGAUUUUUCCCUUCAUGUCCAAAGGCCACACCAUCCCUGUCAUCCAUCUAGCCCACCUCUUCCGCCGCCGCCGCCGCCGCCUCGCCACCCUCACCUUCUUCACCACCCCUCUCAACGCUCCCUUCAUCCGCGACUCCCUCGCCGGCACCGAUGCUUCCGUCGUCGAGCUCCCCUUCCCGGAGAACGUCCCGACCCUCCCCCCUAGCAUCGAGAGAACCGAUCGCCUUCCCGACAUGUCCCUCCUCAUGCCUUUCAUCGACGCUCUGAGACCAGAGCCGAGACUACUCAAGUCGCACUUCGAGCAAGCCCUCGGGAACCUUCUUCCAGCUAUCAGCCUCCUGAUCUCCGGUCCCUUUCUCCCAUGGACCAACGAGUCUGCAUUAAAAUUUGGGAUUCCAAGGAUCUCGUUCUAUGGGUGUGCUAACUUUGCCAUUCUCAUCAAAACCAUCUGUGCCCGAGGCAUACUGCAAACAGGUCUCGACAACGAUCGCCAGCCCUUCAUGGUCCCCGGCUUCCCGCACCUCCGACUCACCAAAGCGGACGUCGGCAAGCCCUUCGAUGACCCCAACCCGCAGCAUCCUAUGUACGUGUUUGACGUAGAAGUAACGAAAGCCACAAACGAGAGCUAUGGAAUGGUUGCGAACAGCUUCUAUGAACUGGAGCCGGCCUACGUUGACCACUGGAACGACAACAUCGGACCCAAAGUCUGGUGCGUCGGACCGCUCUGCCUGGCCCGGCCGAAGGCCGAACCCGCCGAGCGGCGCUCCGAGUGGAUGGAAUGGCUGGACUCCAGAUCGGCCAUGAACCGGCCGGUGGUGUUCGUCGCGUUCGGGUCGCAGGCGGAGAUCUCGGUGCCACAGUUGAAGGAGAUCGCGGCCGGGUUGGAGCGGUCCGGUCUGGACUUCUUGUGGGUGGUUCGGGCCAAGGGGGUGGAUCUGGGGGAGGGGUUGGAGGAGAGGGUGGCCGAGAGGGGGAGGGUGGUGAGGGAGUGGGCGGACCAACUGGAGAUUCUGAGGCACGAGAUCGAGAGCGUCAGAGGGUUCGUGAGCCACUGCGGGUGGAACUCGGUGAUCGAGGGGAUUAGUGCCGGCGUGCCCCUCUUGGCGUGGCCCAUGAUAGCCGAGCAACCCACCAAUGCCAAGUUUGUGGCGGAUGAGCUGAGGAUUGGAUUGAGGAUUCGGGCGAGCGACGGCACUCGUGAUGGGUUGGUGAGGAGGGAGGAUGUGGAGCGGAUGGUGAGGGAGUUGAUGCUCGGAGAGAAAGGCAAGGAGGCAGCGGAGAACGUGAAGAGCUUGGCACAGGCGGCUAGGAUGGCGAUGGAAGGUGGAUCAUCUUGGCAAGAGCUGAAGCAGAUGAUUGAUGAAGUGUGUGCUAUCAGAAAGGCUGAAGUUUACCUGCCUCAGAGUUGAUGCCACAAUUCACUGUAUCUGAUUGGAAAGCUUCAGCAGGGGAGUCCACUAUAAGGAAAUGGAGGCACAUAUGCUUGGGAAAUUAAUGACCACCAUCCGCGCUUCCUUCCAUGUGCUCUGUCACCAGCUAUGGGUGUUAAAUCUCCACCAAAUGUCUUCCAUGGGAUCCUUUGAUUUGAAUUGUUCUUAACAACUUAAUUCUUAAUGGUUAGCCUUUUCUGAGUGAUGGUUAGAAUCUCCAAGGAGUGCUUCGACACCCUCCGUUAAGCUGCUGUUCCUGCGCAUGAGCUUCAAAGGAUAGCCGACUUGAGGCAUCACAAGGCACCUUGCCCUUCUUCCUUUUCUCCUCCUCAAAUGGGUCACUCCAAAUCCUCACUUUCUCGAUGGUCCUCAUGAUCUAAAGAAUGUUAAAGGUACAGAUGGUUUUAUCUCAUGGACCAAAAGUCCUUUUAGUCCCCGUCAUUCUCGUGUUAAGCUCCUUCAAACCUAAUCUACCAACAUAUCAAAGCUAACGGCAGCAUGAGAGAGAGUCAAAGAGUACUGGUAAUACAAACAUGCCAUUCUAGUCACUUGUUCAUUGAGGGCGAUCCACGAACCUUUAU